AGAGAGAGUGAGAGUGAGAGAGAGAGAGAGAGGCCGGAGAGCUCGUCGGCGAUGGCCACCACCACCUCCACCACCGAUCCAAGCUCCGAUGAGCCGAGGAACACCUGGGUCUUGACGUCAGGCAUCGACUCCGAUGCAGUGGCAACAGCAAGGCAAUGGCUUGAGGACGCUGCUGGGCAGGCCAUUGUUCUUAAGCAGGAUCUACUCGCCGCCGCCCGUACCGCCGGAAGACGGAUCCUCGCUGCAUCGUCCUCUGGUUUCCACGAAACGAAGGAAGCGGUGGAAUGGAUCAAGAUGGAGUAUGCUGCUCGUGAGGAUGAAUUGUUUUCGAAGAUUAAAGAGGGCGUUGCAAUUGCUGCUGCACACCCGAAUCUUUCUGCUGGGGUUACCGUGAGUUUGGGGCUUGUUGCGUUCAAAGCACCUCGGAGAUUCCUAAUUCACAAUACAAGAAGAUUAUUUGUCAGCGAGGAGUUUUUGCUCUCUCAAGCUGAAGCUAAAGUGAAUCAGUUACGACAAUCUGUCAAUAGCGUGAAGAAUGAUAUAAAGAAAUUUGAGGAAAGAGCUUCAAAUGCCCAAAAUGAAAUGGAAAGAGGACGCCAGACCCUAAUAGAUACUGGAUCUAAAAUUCAUAGGGAAUUACGUUACAUCGACAAACUUGAAAGAGAAGCAAUGGGUCUGAAAGAGUUUAUUAGUGAACUUCCCAGAAGAGAAGCAUCUGAAUAUCGAUCUCAGGUUUCUGGCGUCAUCUCUAAAGUCAAAGAAGACAAAAAAGUUCUUCGUCAAGUUAUCUCAAAGAUGGUUAAUUAUGGAAUUUCAGUAUGACUAUCCAAUCUUGUCUCAGGUUACCUUCGGGUUUUUUUUUCUGCUUAGAAUUGUGCAGUAUUGCAGUGCGUAUUGACCUUGCCAGACAGAGUGUUUAAUGUACUUCCAUGGUAACAAAGGAAGUUCAAAUUUUCUUGUUGUUUUGAGUUUGUACUCAGCAAAUCCCAAAUAAAUUUUCUAUAAUAAACAAUUUUAUACUUAGGACAUGUCCUUAUUGCAGUUGGUUUAUUUAUUGAGUUGCGAGAUGACUUUGCUGACA